AACUCUAGCCAAAAUGAAAGAACCUGUCAGUCGUCCUUCUGAACUCAAAAACAAACACAAAAGAGAAAACUUGUAUCAAAAACAAAAACUCGAAAAACAAAAAGCAAAAGCUGCUAAAAGAAAAGAAAGAGCGAAAGCUGAAGAAAAAGAUCCAGAGUUAAAAAAGAAACGUUUAGAGGAAAAUGUGCCCAAGACAUUGGAUAAUACAAGAGAAGUAGACGAAACCAUGGUGGAGCAAGACGACGAAGUGGCUCAGGAUGAGGCCAUGGAUGAAUUAGCCAGCUAUUUUUCAGGAAAGACACCUAAAGUGCUCAUCACUUCAAGUAAAAAUGCUUCCUCCAACUGUUAUGAUUUCUGUGCCGAAUUAGUGUCUAUGUUUCCUAAUGCACAAUUUGGCAAACGUGGACCCAAGCAUGAAUUAAGACAUGUAAUAAAAACUGCAACCGAGAAAGAGUUUACUGAUUUGCUUAUUGUGAAUGAAGACCGCAAAGUGCCUAAUGCCAUUACUUUAAUACAUUUACCUGAAGGCCCUUCUGCUUAUUUCAAACUUACGAGUUUUACACCAGCUAAAGCCAUUUCUAAUCAUGGCCGAGUUACUGCUCAUAAUCCCGAAUUGAUUUUAAAUAACUUCAACACUAGAUUGGGCCAUACAGUUGGCCGUAUGUUCCAAGCACUUUUGCCUCAAGUACCUGAAUUCCAAGGUAGACAAGUCAUUACUUUUCAUAACCAACGCGAUUUUAUCUUUGUACGUCGCCAUCGUUAUGUAUUCAAAGAUACAGAAAAAGUUGGCUUGCAGGAAUUGGGGCCUAAAUUUACCUUAAAACUUCGUUGGUUGCAGAAGGGCAUUUAUAAGCGUGAUGGUGAAUAUGAAUGGAUCUUCAAGCCAGAGAUGGAAACCAGUCGUAAACGCUUCUUUUUGUAAAUAUUUUUAUCACUGUUUUUGAAAAAUAAACACUAAAUCCCGUGGCAGAAAACAA